ACGCUGCCCCUGCUGACGCCCAGCAAGAGGCCUCUCUUCGAGGGACGGGGGGGCCCCAGCCCCUCCGGGGUGGAGGUCGGAGGUCACUGCCAAGCAUGGCGCGCGCCUGGGGUCCUGGUGUGGCGUCUGUGGUGGGUCCUGUGGGCCUCGUCCUGGUCCUGCUGGUUGGAGGCUGCACCGCAGAAGAGCCCCCCAGGUUCAUCAGAGAACCCAAGGACCAGAUCGGUGUGUCGGGUGGCGUGGCCUCCUUCGUGUGCCAGGCCACGGGCGACCCCAGGCCCCGGGUGACCUGGAACAAGAAAGGCAAGAAGGUGAACUCGCAGCGCUUUGAGACAAUCGAGUUUGAUGAGAGUUCGGGGGCCGUGCUAAGGAUCCAGCCCCUGCGGACACCCCGGGACGAGAACGUGUACGAGUGUGUGGCCCAGAACUCCGUGGGGGAGAUCACGGUCCACGCCAAGCUCACCGUCCUCCGAGAGGACCAGCUGCCCCCCGGCUUCCCCAACAUCGACAUGGGUCCCCAGCUGAAGGUGGUGGAGCGGACGCGCACAGCCACCAUGCUCUGUGCGGCCAGUGGCAACCCCGACCCCGAGAUCACAUGGUUCAAAGACUUCCUCCCUGUGGACCCCAGUGCCAGCAACGGGCGCAUCAAGCAGCUGCGAUCCGAAACCUUUGAAAGUACUCCAAUCCGAGGGGCCCUGCAGAUCGAGAGCAGCGAGGAGACGGAUCAGGGCAAGUACGAGUGCGUGGCCACCAACAGUGCCGGCGUCCGCUACUCCUCACCCGCCAACCUCUACGUGCGAGAGCUUCGAGAAGUCCGCCGCGUGGCCCCCCGCUUCUCCAUCCUCCCCAUGAGCCACGAGAUCAUGCCGGGGGGCAACGUGAACAUCACCUGCGUGGCGGUGGGCUCGCCCAUGCCCUAUGUCAAGUGGAUGCAGGGCGCCGAGGACCUGACGCCUGAGGACGACAUGCCCGUGGGCCGCAACGUGCUGGAGCUCACGGACGUCAAGGACUCGGCCAACUACACCUGCGUGGCCAUGUCCAGCCUGGGCGUCAUUGAGGCCGUGGCCCAGAUCACCGUGAAGUCUCUCCCCAAAGCCCCUGGGACGCCCGUGGUGACCGAGAACACAGCCACCAGCAUCACCAUCACGUGGGACUCUGGCAACCCGGACCCUGUGUCCUACUACGUCAUCGAGUACAAGUCCAAGAGCCAGGACGGGCCGUACCAGAUCAAGGAGGACAUCACCACCACGCGCUACAGCAUCGGCGGGCUCAGCCCCAACUCCGAGUACGAGAUCUGGGUGUCAGCCGUGAACUCCAUCGGCCAGGGCCCCCCCAGCGAGUCGGUGGUGACACGCACUGGCGAGCAGGCGCCGGCCAGCGCCCCGCGGAACGUGCAGGCCCGCAUGCUCAGCGCCUCCACCAUGAUCGUGCAGUGGGAGGAGCCCGUGGAGCCCAAUGGGCUGAUCCGUGGCUACCGCGUCUACUACACCAUGGAGCCCGAGCACCCCGUGGGCAACUGGCAAAAGCACAAUGUGGACGACAGCCUGUUGACCACCGUGGGCAGCCUGCUGGAGGACGAGACCUACACCGUGCGGGUGCUGGCCUUCACAUCUGUGGGCGACGGGCCACUCUCGGACCCCAUCCAGGUCAAGACCCAGCAGGGAGUGCCCGGCCAGCCCAUGAACCUGCGGGCCGAGGCCAAGUCAGAGACCAGCAUCGGGCUGUCCUGGAGCCCGCCGCGGCAGGAGAGCAUCAUCAAGUACGAGCUGCUCUUCCGCGAGGGCGACCGAGGCCGAGAGGUGGGCAGGACGUUCGACCCGACGACGGCCUUCGUGGUGGACGACCUCAAGCCCAACACGGAGUACGCUUUCCGCCUGGCGGCGCGCUCCCCGCAGGGCCUGGGCGCCUUCACCGCGCCCGUGCGGCAGCGCACGCUGCAGUCCAAACCGUCAGCCCCCCCUCAAGACGUUAAAUGUACCAGCAUGCGCUCCACGGCCAUUCUGGUAAGUUGGCGCCCGCCGCCGCCGGACACGCACAACGGGGCCCUAGUGGGCUACAGCGUCCGCUACCGACCACUGGGCUCGGACGACCCGGAACCCAAGGAGGUGAAUGGCAUCCCCCCGACCGCCACUCAGAUCCUCCUGGAAGCCCUGGAGAAGUGGACUGAGUACCGUAUCACCGCCGUCGCACACACAGAGGUGGGGCCAGGGCCCGAGAGCUCGCCCGUGGUCAUCCGCACCGAGGAGGACGGAAAUGGUCAUCACAAACCUUGAGCCCGAGACCGCAUACUCCAUCACAGUAGCUGCCUAUACCAUGAAAGGUGACGGUGCUCGCAGCAAACCCAAGGUGGUGGUGACCAAGGGAGCAGUGCUGGGCCGCCCCACCCUCACGGUGCAGCAGACCCCGGAGGGCAGCCUCCUGGCGCGCUGGGAGCCCCCGGCGGGCGUCCCUGCCGAGGACCAAGUGCUGGGCUACCGCCUGCAGUUCGGCCGCGAGGACGCCGCGCCGCUGGCCACGCUGGAGUUCGCGGCCUCCGAGGACCACUACACGGCGGCGGGCGUGCACAAGGGCGCCACCUACGUGUUCCGGCUGGCGGCGCGCAGCCGCGGCGCCCGCCGAGCGCAACGGGGCCAUCGUCAAGUACACGGUGGCCGUGCGGGAGGCCGGCGCUUUGGGGCCUCCGCGAGAGACAGAGCUGCCCGCGGCGGCCGAGCCCGGGGCCGAGAACGCGCUCACGCUGCGGGGCCUCAAGCCCGACACGGCCUAUGACCUGCAAGUGCGAGCCCACACGCGCCGGGGCCCCGGCCCCUACAGCCCCCCUGUCCGCUACCGCACGUUCCUGCGGGACCAAGUCUCCCCCAAGAACUUCAAGGUGAAGAUGAUCAUGAAGACCUCGGUACUGCUUAGCUGGGAGUUUCCCGAUAACUAUAACUCGCCCACGCCCUACAAGAUCCAGUACAACGGGCUGACCCUGGAGGUGGACGGCCGCACCACCAAGAAGCUCAUCACGCACCUCAAGCCCCACACCUUCUACAAUUUCGUGCUGACCAACCGCGGCAGCAGCCUGGGCGGUCUCCAGCAGACAGUCACCGCCUGGACAGCCUUCAACAUGCUGAGUGGCAAGCCUGGCGUCUCCCCCAAGCCUGACCCUGACGGCUACAUCUUUGUGUACCUGCCCGAUGGCCAGAGCCCCGUGCCUGUGCAGAACUACUUCAUCGUGAUGGUGCCGCUGCGCAAGUCUCGCGGAGGCCAGUUCCUCACCCCGCUGGGCAGCCCAGAGGACAUGGAUCUGGAGGAGCUCAUCCAGGACAUCUCGCGGCUCCAGAGGAGGAGCCUGCGGCACUCACGCCAGCUGGAGGCGCCCCGGCCCUACAUUGCUGCCCGCUUCUCAGUUCUGCCCCAGCUUUUCCGUCCUGGGGACCAGAAGCAAUAUGGUGGCUUUGACAACCGGGGCCUGGAGCCUGGCCACCGCUACGUCCUUUUUGUGCUUGCUGUGCUGCAGAAAAGUGAGCCCACGUUCGCGGCCAGUCCCUUCUCAGACCCCUUCCAGCUGGACAACCCCGACCCCCAGCCCAUCGUGGACGGAGAGGAGGGGCUCAUCUGGGUGAUCGGACCGGUGCUGGCCGUGGUCUUCAUCAUCUGCAUCGUCAUUGCCAUCUUACUGUACAAGAACAAGCCUGACAGCAAACGCAAGGACUCGGAGCCCCGCACCAAGUGUCUGCUGAACAACGCCGACCUCGCCCCCCACCACCCCAAGGACCCUGUGGAAAUGAGGCGCAUUAAUUUCCAGACUCCAGACUCGGGCCUCAGCAGCCCCCUCAGGGAGCCGGGGUUUCACUCGGAAAGCAUGCUCAGCCACCCCCCGAUCCCCAUCGCCGACAUGGCGGAGCACACGGAGCGCCUCAAAGCCAACGACAGCCUCAAGCUGUCUCAGGAGUACGAGUCCAUCGAUCCUGGGCAGCAGUUCACGUGGGAACAUUCCAACCUGGAGGUGAACAAGCCCAAAAACCGCUACGCCAACGUCAUCGCCUACGACCACUCACGUGUCAUUCUCCAGCCCAUUGAAGGCAUCGUGGGCAGCGAUUACAUCAACGCCAACUACGUGGAUGGCUACCGGCGGCAGAAUGCAUACAUCGCCACCCAGGGGCCCCUGCCUGAGACUUUCGGGGACUUCUGGCGGAUGGUGUGGGAGCAGCGGUCUGCCACCAUCGUCAUGAUGACGCGGCUGGAGGAGAAGUCUCGGAUCAAGUGUGACCAGUACUGGCCCAACCGCGGCACGGAGACCUACGGCUUCAUCCAGGUCACGCUGCUGGACACCAUCGAGCUGGCCACCUUCUGUGUGAGGACCUUCUCCUUGCACAAGAAUGGCUCCAGCGAGAAGCGGGAGGUCCGCCAGUUCCAGUUCACGGCGUGGCCAGACCACGGGGUCCCCGAGUACCCGACUCCCUUCCUGGCUUUCCUGCGCCGGGUGAAGACCUGUAACCCGCCCGAUGCCGGCCCCAUCGUGGUCCACUGCAGCGCCGGCGUGGGCCGCACGGGGUGCUUCAUCGUCAUCGACGCCAUGCUGGAGCGCAUCAAGCCUGAGAAGACGGUGGACGUGUACGGGCACGUGACGCUCAUGCGCUCCCAGCGCAACUACAUGGUGCAGACCGAGGACCAGUACAGCUUCAUCCACGAGGCGCUGCUGGAGGCCGUGGGCUGCGGCAACACCGAGGUCCCCGCCCGAAGCCUCUACACCUACAUCCAGAAGCUGGCGCAGGUGGAGCCGGGCGAGCACGUCACCGGCAUGGAGCUGGAGUUCAAGCGCUUGGCAAACUCGAAGGCGCACACCUCCAGGUUCAUCAGCGCCAACCUGCCCUGCAACAAGUUCAAGAACCGCCUGGUGAACAUCAUGCCCUAUGAGAGCACCCGCGUCUGUCUGCAGCCCAUCCGGGGCGUGGAGGGCUCCGACUACAUCAACGCCAGCUUCAUCGACGGCUACAGGCAGCAGAAGGCCUACAUCGCCACGCAGGGGCCUCUGGCGGAGACCACGGAGGACUUCUGGCGCAUGCUGUGGGAAAACAACUCCACCAUUGUGGUGAUGCUGACUAAGCUACGAGAGAUGGGCCGAGAGAAGUGUCACCAGUACUGGCCGGCCGAGCGCUCUGCCCGCUACCAGUACUUCGUGGUGGACCCGAUGGCCGAGUACAACAUGCCACAGUACAUCCUCCGCGAGUUCAAGGUCACUGACGCCCGGCGCCGGCGUGGGCAGGACGGGCGUGUUCAUCACGCUGAGCAUCGUGCUGGAGCGCAUGCGCUACGAGGGCGUGGUGGACAUCUUCCAGACGGUGAAGAUGCUGCGGACCCAGCGGCCGGCCAUGGUGCAGACGGAGGACGAGUACCAGUUCUGUUAUCAGGCGUCGCUGGAGUACCUUGGCAGCUUCGACCACUAUGCAACAUAAAGCCAUGAGGGGCCCGCAGCGGACGGGCACGCAGGGGCUGCAGGGGCGGCUUCGGGGCCAAGCGGGCCCGGGCCAAAGUGGCCUCCCGAGCCCCCCGCGAGGACCCCAGCCCCCGCUGCCGCCGUCAUACACUUGGAACAUUCCUCGUUACCUUGCGAUUCCAAACCAAGACUCGGGUGGGGGGUGGGGGUCGACACGCAGUCGGGGCUCCCCAGACCCCAAGGGGUGGGGCGCGGGCCAGGGACUCACCUCAGCCUCCUGGGGACCGGGCACCUCCUUCCUGUCCUGCAGCCUGGGGCGCGGGCCGGCGAGGGGGCAUGGGCAGAACCCAGCUUUCUUUUGAACCUCUUGGUGUAACUGUAUCCGGUGACAUUUCCUUUUUUUUUUUUUUUUUUUUUUUUAAAUAGUGUAUUUUUUUCCAUUUUUUUUAAAAG